AUUGAUUUUGGAAAGCAAAUUGCUCUUUUGUUCAUGUAACUCAGCUACUGAGUCACUGUCUCCUCGCAAUUCCCGGUUCUGAUCUCCGAUCAGAAGGUGACAUGAGAUGGCGUCCCCACAGCCUUCUCAUAAUGUGGAAUUGGAGGCUGCCAAGUUUCUACAUAAACUAAUUCAAGAAUCGACUGACGAGCCGGCAAAACUGGCUGCAAAACUUCAUGUUAUAUUACAACAUAUGAAAUCGAGUGGGAAGGAGCACUCCAUGCCCUAUCAAGUAAUUUCAAGGGCUAUGGAGACUGUUAUCAACCAAAAUGGCCUCGAUAUUGAAUCUUUAAAAUCUCAACGUCUUCCUAUGACUGGUGGGUCUCAAGGUGGAGACUCGGCUGGUGCACAAUAUGCAGGUAAAACUUGUGGUAUCCGAAUCGGUUCUCGUCCUUCUCAUGCUAUGGCUGACAAUGAGGUAUCUAAGGUUGAUUCCCUGGUCACCAACAAGCUGCCUGUUGCCCCUGGUAGUACUGUCCAUGAUGUUUAUCAGGGAUCUGGAGCUCAUAGGAGCAGUCAGUCUCUCGAUCAUGAAAGUCCUUCGAGUUUGGAUACCAGAUCUGCUAAUUCACAAUCUCAAGAUAGAGUAGGAAAUCAAAAGGAUGGUAAAAAGGCUACCAAGAGGAAGCGAGGCGAUUCUUCUUUGCCCUCUGAACCUCAUAUAGUUGACUCCCAACAUGUUGAUGCUCAUUCUGCAGUUGAUUUGAGGAAAGGAAAGGCCAACAGGGUUGACCCAUUGGGGGGUUUCUCCACUAGGGGUAGUGAAAAUAGUAGCUUCAGUAUGGUUCCAGGUGGUAGUCAGCUGGAAGCUUCAUCUGGGCAUACAUCUUUUGGUCAACAAGGGGGUUCUUUUCCGCCCGCACAUGAAAAUCUCUCUCCCAGAAUGUCAUGGAAUCAAAAUAAGGCAGCACUGGAUCGGUCUCAGUUCCCCAGGUUUUCAGGCAAUGCUGUUUCUGGUGGUGUGCCAGGAGAAGCAAUUUUGCAGCAGUCAAUGGUACCAUCUCUUGUAUCAAAUUCUUUUAUCAAAGGUCAGGGUGGAAUAUCUGUUCCUUUUGGUUCAAAUGCAAUGGGGGAACUAGGAUUUUCUGGUUCAGCACAGAUCAGUGGUGCUGAAAGUCAUCUGCUUGGAUUUGCAGGACAAACUGCAGCAAGUCUCUCUGAAAAUACCACAGGAGGACAUAAUUUCCAAGUUAACCGCAUGGACGAGACAUCCACGCCACUUUCAGUAAGAAGGGUUCCAGAGAAUGAUGGAGGCAGUUCAAAUAUACUUGGAGACCCAACUAGGUUCAGUCAGUUUGGAUGUGGUUUUAAUGAUACUUGUAAUUAUUGCCAGGCGACAGCAGCUUCUAGAGAUACGGGAAAAUCUCCAAUUUCUCAGGGUAAUGCGUCACCUGGCAUGCCUUUCAGGGAGCAACAAUUGAGACAGCUUAGGGCCCAAUGCCUCGUCUUUCUAGCAUUUAGGAAUGGUUUGGCCCCAAAGAGGUUACAUCUCGAGAUAGCUCUUGGAAGUAUCAUUAAUAGAGAUGGUAAGAAUGCAGAAGCUAUUCGUAGGGAGCUGGUGGAUCAUAAAGGAAAAUCUUCUAAUGAGCAAACCAACUUUCCAGGAGUUGCAACCUCAUUCGCAUGGGCAAAUAGUGCAAGGGAAACUGAUAAGGUCCCUCCGGUUGCCUCAACUGCUGUAAGAUAUUUAGAUGGUAACUCUUUACCAAAAGAUGUUGACAAAUUGAAGCCUGAUGAAAAAGUAGGUUCACAUUCUGACCAUUCCGUACUUGUUGAUGAUGGGAAGCAUCUUGUGACAAGAAAGCUGGAUGCCGAGAAGCAGGCCCAGGAAACUGUUGGGGCACAGUCGUUCGCUUCUAAUCCAUUGCAGCAGGAUGAUUCAUCGAAUACAAGGGGCAGUUCACCGAUUGGUAAUACUGUAGAAAGCAUAGAUAAUGGACGUGCCCAGAGUGGAAGAAUCAAUCAGGCCUCUUUUUCUACUGGUGUAAACAAGCAACUGAACCCUGAGGCAAUGACUUGGGCAGGAAGUCAUAAUGAGGUGGCUCAGGAAUCAUUACCAUCAUGGGGUGCUCAGCAUAACAUGGCUUUAAACAAAAAGGACAGUGCUCCUAUGCAAUCCCAAAAUCUUGUGAACGGUGGUAUCUCUGAUGAUGCAAAAUUCCCUGAAUCUCAGACUAGAUACCAUCCAGAUGGGUGCAAAGUCCCGCUAAUUGACGACUCUUCAAGACAUGGAAAUCCUGCUUUAGCUGAACAAGAUGAUGAAGAUAACUCAGCUUCUGUUGAUUUGCCACCCCCAAGGUACACCAUGUCAGAGAAGUGGAUUAUGGAUCAGCAAAGAAAGAAGCUUUUAGUGGAAGAAAAGUGGGCUUUAAAGGAGCAAAAAGCAAGACAAAGAAUAACAAUUAAUUUUAACCAGUUGCAGGAAACUGUGAGCUCCUCUGAAGAUAUAUCUGCCAAAACCAAAAGUGUCAUAGAAUUGAAAAAGCUUAAGUUGCUGGAUCUGCAGCGCCGUUUGAAAAGUGAGUUUCUGAAUGAUUUUUUUAAGCCAGUCACAAGCGACAUGGAGCGCUUAAAAUCUUAUAAAAAGCAUAAACAUGGUAGAAGGAUAAAACAACUUGAAAAGUAUGAGCAAAAGAUGAAGGAAGAGCGGCAGAAGAGAAUCCGAGAGCGGCAGAAGGAAUUUUUUUCUGAGCUUGAAGUUCACAGGGAAAAAAUGGAGGAUGUGUUCAAGUUCAAGAGAGAAAGGUUAAAGGGUUUCAACAGAUAUGCAAAGGAGUUCCACAAAAGGAAGGAGCGUGCUCACCGCGAGAAAAUUGAUCGAAUCCAGCGCGAGAAGAUUAAUUUGCUGAAGAUUAAUGAUGUGGAAGGAUAUCUGCGUAUGGUGCAGGAUGCAAAAUCAGAUCGUGUUAAGCAAUUGCUGAAAGAGACAGAGAAAUACCUGCAAAAGCUGGGUUCCAGGUUACAGGCAGCAAAGGCUAUUGGAAGCCGUUUUGAGAAUAACAUGGAUGAGUCGCGUACUAUUGCUGCUAUUGAGAAUGAAACAGCUUUUGACAAUGAAGAUGAAAGCGACCAAGCAAAGCAUUAUUUGGAAAGCAACGAGAAGUACUACCUAAUGGCUCAUAGUAUAAAAGAGGGCAUUGCGGAGCAACCAACUUCUCUCAAGGGUGGAAAAUUGAGGGAGUACCAGAUGAAUGGAUUGAGGUGGUUGGUUUCACUAUAUAACAACCAUUUAAAUGGAAUUCUUGCUGAUGAAAUGGGCCUUGGGAAAACUGUUCAGGUUAUAUCUCUAAUUUGUUAUCUGAUGGAGAGCAAAAAUGACAGAGGUCCUUUCUUGGUGGUUGUGCCUUCUUCUGUUUUACCAGGAUGGGAAUCGGAAAUUAGUUUCUGGGCCCCCAGUAUACAUAAAAUCGUCUAUUCUGGACCUCCAGAAGAUAGGCGUAAAUUAUUUAAGGAGAAGAUUGUCCACCAGAAGUUUAAUGUCCUUCUCACAACAUAUGAGUACCUAAUGAACAAGCAUGAUAGACCAAAACUAAGUAAAAUUCAUUGGCACUACAUUAUCAUUGAUGAAGGCCAUCGCAUAAAGAAUGCUUCGUGCAAAUUAAAUGCUGAAUUGAAGCACUAUCAGAGUUCUCACAGGCUGCUGUUAACUGGAACACCACUGCAGAACAAUCUUGAGGAACUCUGGGCGCUACUAAAUUUUUUGUUGCCCAACAUUUUUAACUCAUCUGAAGAUUUUUCUCAGUGGUUCAACAAGCCAUUUGAGGGUACUGCUGAUAAUUCGGCUGAUGAAGCUUUACUAUCCGAGGAAGAGAAUUUGUUGAUCAUAAAUCGGCUUCAUCAAGUUCUGAGACCCUUUGUUCUUCGAAGACUAAAACACAAGGUUGAGAAUGAGCUUCCUGAAAAGAUUGAGAGACUGAUUAGGUGUGAAGCAUCUGCAUAUCAGAAACUUUUGAUGCAACGGGUUGAAGAUAAUCUUGGCGCAAUUGGAAGUACAAAGGCACGUUCAGUCCACAACUCGGUCAUGGAGCUUCGCAAUAUAUGCAAUCACCCUUAUCUUAGUCAGCUGCAUUCAGAUGAGGUGGAGAGCUUUAUGCCUAAGCAUUUUCUGCCACCAAUCAUCAGGCUUUGCGGGAAGCUUGAGAUGUUAGAUCGAUUGUUACCCAAACUGAAAGCUACAGACCAUCGGGUACUUUUCUUUUCAACAAUGACAAGGCUUCUUGAUAUUAUGGAAGAGUAUCUCACCGCAAAACAGUACCGAUACCUUCGACUGGAUGGUCAUACCUCUGGUGGCGACCGUGGUGCACUUAUUGAUAUGUUCAACAAACAAAGUUCUCCCUUUUUCAUCUUUCUGCUCAGCAUCCGGGCUGGUGGUGUUGGAGUGAAUCUUCAGGCUGCAGACACUGUCAUCAUAUUUGACACGGACUGGAAUCCUCAGGUGGAUCUUCAAGCACAAGCUAGGGCUCACAGGAUUGGCCAGAAGAGGGAUGUGCUUGUUCUUAGAUUUGAAACAGUGAAAACUGUUGAAGAACAAGUCAGAGCUGCUGCUGAGCAUAAACUGGGAGUUGCUAACCAGAGUAUUACAGCUGGUUUCUUUGACAACAAUACAAGUGCUGAAGAUCGUAGAGAGUAUUUGGAGGCCCUCCUGCGUGAGUCAAAGAAAGAAGAAGCUGCCCCUGUCUUGGAUGAUGAUGCUUUGAAUGAUAUCUUAGCACGCAGUGAGUCUGAAAUUGAUAUAUUUGAAUCGAUUGACAAACAACGGCGGGAACAAGAGACGGAAAUAUGGAAGAAGUUACUAGCCGGACAGGGAGCAGAUGUUCCUGAACCAUUACCUCCCAUGCCUUCUCGCCUGGUUUCAGAUGACGACCUGACGUCAUUCUUUGAAAAAAUAAAGCUAUAUGAUGUGCCAAAAGAUGAUGAGGCACCUAGUAUCGGGACAAAGCGGAAAGGUCAGUCACAGGGUCUUGAUUUUCAGCACUAUGGAAGGGGCAAGCGGGCAAGAGAGGUGCGGUCAUAUGAAGAACAAUGGACUGAAGAGGAGUUUGAAAAGCUGUGUCAGGCUGACAAUCCUGAUUCCCCAAAACCAAAAGAGGAACAAGUCGAGAUGAACCUCCCAAAAGAUGCCAGUGUUUCUGUCUCGGUCAUUGCUAGUCCAGAACCUACUGCUGCACCUACUGAACCAGAGUUGUUGCAGCAUGUACUUCCACCACCGACUAGGGAGGUAACAAUAACUCCAUCUAAAAGAGGACGGGGAAGGCCAAAAAGAUCAAAUGUAACUCCGCCAGAGCUGUCAGUGCCAACUCCUGCUGGACUUGUCAAAGUAGAUAUGGGGUUACAGACAGGAGUUGAUGGUAGUUCUUCUAGUACAUUAGAUCCUAAUCCCUCUCCUGCACCAAAUUUGGUCAGUGUUGGUACAAUUGCCCCUCAAGCUGACACGGGCACUGCUUCCACACUCCAACCAACUAUUCCUGUAACUUCUGGGCAGAGUUCACAACCUUCUCUGGUUUCUCCUUCAGUACCAAUGGCAUCAAGGGGCCGCGGCCGUAAGUCUCAACGUGGUGGAUAUACACCACGCGGUAGGGGAAGGAAAAUGGGAUUUGUGUCAGCUACUCCUGAGAGCAUUGCAUCUCAUGCUCCCGUUAUUGGUGAAGCUUCGCAGAAUGUCUCCAACAAUCCUGUAAUCAAUGCCAGUGGCGUCACAGCUUCUGGAUAUCCUGGUAUAGCACCAGUUAUUGCACCUGUUCAAGUGAGCAGUGCAGCACCCGAUCAGUCUGGUUCACAGACUACUGUAGAUACCGGUCCAGUCCCUCCUGCUGCGACAUCUUUAUCUAUCCCUUCUGCUUCCACUCGGAUCAAAGAACAGAGUCCAAAGGCUCAAAGUGGGACUGGAAUUCCUCGACGCAGAGGAAGGAAACCUUCAGUUAAAGUUCCGCCUGAUGUUCCAGUCAUUUCAGCCGCUCAGAUUUCACAUAUGAGCCUACCACCUUCAGUUCAAGUUCCACCUGCUGUUCCAGUUGUAGUAGACACUUUGGGAGGCAAAGCUGCAGUAGCUGGAAAUGAUCAAGGUAAUGAUUCCAAUGAAUCAACAAAAGGUGACCUGGGCCAAACACCCGAAGUAACUAUUCCAGCUCAGGUGUCAAGCCAACAUUCAGGUGAAGUGAGCCAACAGGAUGAACCAACAAGCUCGGCCACCAUGCACAACGCUGCUACUAGAUCUAUGCUAAGCCAACAUUCAGGUGAAGUGACCCAACAGGGUUCUUCUCCUGUGAGAGAUCAAACUGCUACCGUGUUUCAUGCAGCCACCAAUAUUAAGGAGCUUCCUGUUGAAAGUAGUUCUACAUCAAAAUCAGGUGACCCCUUCAGAAAGGAAGGUGGUGUACAUACACCCAGCAGGGCUUUCAUUGAUAGAGCUCAAAAUACAAGCGCGGGAGGUAAAGAGUCUGCAGUUGUUGGUCCUUCAUGUGAAUCACAGCAUGGCUCUGGUGUAGAAAUUGGUCAGACUAUACCAGAGUUGGUCGUGAAAAGUGCCUUUGUCUCUCAGCCAACCCCAGCUCUUUCUUCUGUAGGCUCAGUCUUUCAACCUGACCCACCUCAAGCAGGUCGAGGUAGAGGUAGAGGCAGAGGCAGAAAGGCGGCAGGCAGAACGGACGCCCCCAGGCGAAGGGGAAGAAAACCUACAGCUCCUCAUCCUGCUGAUUCAUUGGGAGUUAAGACCAUGUCCCUGAGGAACAGACAACGGACCGAAGCUAAGGAGAUCACACUUGCUGUACAGGAGACCCAGGUGGCUAAUGCUUUUGUUUGUCAAGACUCUAAACAAAGGGAAAAUACAUCUUUAGGCCGGAUUCAGACUGCAGAUGUGACUGAUGUUGCACGUGUGAUGAAGGAGAUCUUCUCUGAGUCUUGCUCAUCUAAGGGUAAGAGUAGUGACUCUUCUAAAAGUGAAUGUAAAAGCGCUGGCACACCUGUAUCUUGUAUGAAACCUUCACCAGUCACCGAAGGCCAAAGCUCUGGGGAUAAAAUUCAUGGAUCUGUGUCUUCCUCGCAAGAAGUCAUUCCUGCUGAAGGAAUCUCCCUUGACAAAUUUGUCCAGUCUGUAUCUGAAGUAGGUUUCAAGGUGGAUAAGAGGAAUCUGCCUGCUGUGGAUGCUGAUUCUGUGACUAAUAAUGACUCUUGCAAAGUUGAGACCAAGGUCGAUUCAUCUCUAGAAUCUGCAGGUGUUGAUAAAGACACUUCCAGAAGUAAGACAAAUACCAUUGUUCUUGGUAUAGAUGCAUCCAGCAGUAGGGUUGUUUCAGUUGGACAAUCUCAAGGUGUUGGGAGACACGUAUCUUCCAGGGUUAUAUCGAGUAGUACUGUUGAACGUGCAUCUACCAAGAAGGUUGGUUCACCUGUACAAACUCAAGGUGCUAAGAGGCCUCGCAUUUCAUAUGAUUCUGUUGAUGUUGUUAAUGUAAGCUUCAUGCGGCCUCCUGAGUCUCCUCCUGAUGCCUCCAUAGAACCUAGCGGAGCUCAUGGCACUGCAGAGCAUCCCGAGAAGAAUUCAGAAGACAAGACAGAAACUUCUGUAAAGUCGUUUCCAGAGUCUCAGGUUGAAGCUACUAUAUUAAUUGAGAAGCAUGGCAGCGAGGCUAAUACCAGUGCUACUAAGUUCGAUGAUACAGUUUCUCAACCUGAAGAUAAUAGCGGCAGCAUCCAACUGGAUCAAGAAACUGGAAACCCGGAGAGUGAACCUGCCCCGGUGUUCAAUGUGGAAGAACAACAGAUAUCAGCCGAGGAGACCGUGUUUUAUGAAUCUGCUAAUGUAAAGAAGCAUUGUGGUCCAAGUGAGUUGCAGUCACAAGUUGACAGUAGAUUGCCUGAUGAUUUUACUUCUGAAACAACCAACACUGAGCUAAGUUCAGAAGAUCAUGUUGGAAAUCAGCUUCAGCCAAGAGUUGCAGAUCCUUCAGAACAGCUCUCUUUACCAGAAGAUGCAUUUGCCAAGGAGCAGGAGUUAAAAAGCUCUCGAGAUGAGAGGCAUCAUCAACAAUCGGCGGAGAGUCUGGUAGAAAGGUCAGUAGUGUCGGAAGACGUGCAAGGCUCUGACACUAACAAAGAUCGUGGAAUUGGUUUCUCUGGAACUGGUAGGUGUGUCUCACAUGACCGAUCUUCAUCUAAAGAGUCAAAAGAGUCAUUUGUGUCAGAAGAAGUACAAGGCUCUGACGCGAACAAAGAUUGUGAAGUUGGUGUCUCUUUAACUGGUAGGAGUGUUUCAGAUGGCCUUCCUUCAUCUAGAGAGUCAAAAGAAUUAGUCAUGUCAGAAGAAGUGCUCGGCUCUGAUGCUAACAAAGAUUUUGAAGCUGGUGUCUCUGGAACUGGUAGGAGUUUCUCUGAUGAACUUCCUUCAUCUAGAGAGUUGAAAGAAUCAGAGUGUAAAAUUAAUGAUGAAGUAGCACUGGGAGAAGAAACCAUGGCAGCCUCUCCCUCCGGGUCUAAGGAAGGAAUUCUUUCACCUGAGAGACACGACCUUCCUUCAUCUAGAGAGUUGAAAGAAUCAGAGUGUGAAGUUUAUAAACGAGUAGCAUUGGGAGAAGAAACCUUAGCAACCUCUUCCUCUGUACCCAAGGAAGGUACUCAUUCACCUGAGAGACAUCUACAUAGCAGCAACUCUAGAGAAGAUUGCAUAAGAACCCUAUCUGAAACAGGAGUGCAAGGUUUGGACACAAAAAGUCCGGCUCCUGAGAAGAAUGUAGGUAGCACCGUAACGGAGGAGGGACUACAGGGGCCUAAUUCUUCAGAAGGUGGAUUGGAUACAAAAAGUUCGUCUCCUGAAACAAAUGCUGAUAGCAACUUAACCGCGGAGGAGGGACUACAUAGACCUAAUUCUACAGAAGAUGAAUUGGAUACAGAAAGUUUGCCUUCUGAGAAGAAUGUAGAUAGCAACUUGGCAGCAGAAGAGGUACUACAGGGACCUAAUUCUAUGGAGAGUAAUGUGAUUGCCCUCACAGCUGCAAAGGAGACAAGUUCACCUUCACCAUUGGUGGAGGAAGGAAAGAUUGAUGACUCAUCUUCUAAGAGCCCUUGUGGUGAGAAGUUGGCACCAGAACUGGAGGAAACUAGAAAUGAGGCUGGCAGAGGGACUGGAGGAACCUAGAAAUGAGGAUGGUAAUGAUGUGGUACUAAGAGUCCUCGUGAUGAGAGGCUGGCAGAGGAACUAGAGGAACCUAGAAAUGAGGGUGGUAAUGAUGUGGUAAAGGCCAUGCCUGAUGACCCCGACUCUGAGGAUCCAGUGGAGGAAAGUAUUGAUGAGAGUCGUCAUGGUGAGAAGUCGAUGGAGAAAUUGGAGGACCUUAGAAAUGAGGAGGGUGCUGAUGUGGUAGUGGCCAUGUUUGAUUACUCCAACUCUAAGGAUACAGUGAUGGAGGAAAAUAUUGAUGAUUCAUCUUCUAAGAAUCUUCAUGGUGAGAAGUCGGUGGCGGAGCCGACAAAUGAAGAGGGUGGUAAUGAUUUACUUUUGGUCACGGCUGAUGACCUGGACUCUAAGGAUCCGCUGAUGGAGGAGGGAAAGAUUGAUGACUCAUCUUCUACCAGUCCUCAUGGUGAGAAGUUGGCAGAGAAAAUGGAGGAGCCUAUAAAUGAAGAGGGUGGUAAUGAUCUGGUGGUGUCCACGGUGGAUGACGGGAAGAUUGAUGGUUCAUCUUGUAAGAGUCCUCAUGGUGAGAAGUCGGUGGCGGAGCCGACAAAUGAGGAGGGUGGUAAUGAUUUACCGUUGGUCACGGUUGAUGACAUGUACUCUAAGGAUCCGUUGAUGGAGGAGGGAAAGAUUGACAACUCAUCUUCUAACAGUCCACAUGGUGAGAAGUCAGCAGAGAAACUGGAGGAGCCCAGAAAUGAAGAGGGUGGUAACGAUAUGGUAGUGGCCUCGGCUGAUGACCCUGGCUCUAAGGAUCCAGUGGUGGAGGGAAAGAUUGAUGACUCAUCCUCUAAGAGUCCUCAUGGUGAGAAGCCUGCAGGGGAACCUAGAAAUGACGACAGUAAUGAUGUGGUAGAGAAGGGAAAGAUUGAUGACUUACCUUCUAAGAGUCAAGGUGAGAAGCUGGUAGAGGAACUGCAGGAACCUAGAGAUGACGACAGUAGUGAUGUGGUAGUGGAGGAGGGAAAGAUUGAUGACUCACCUUCUCAGAGUCCUCGUGGUGAGAAUCCAGUAGAGGAACUGAAGGAGCCUAUAAAUGACGACAGUAAUGAUGUGGUAGUGGAGGAGGGAAAGAUUGAUGACUCAUCGUCUAAGAGUCCUCAUGGUGGGAAGCCAGCAGAGGAACUGGAGGAACCUAUAAAUGACGACAGUAAUGAUGCGGUAGUCGAGAAGGCAGAGAUUGAUGAUUCACCGUCCAAGAGUCCUCACGGUGAGAAGCCGGCAGAGGAACCUAGAAAUGACGACAGUAAUGAUGCGGUAGUGGAGAAGGCGAAGAUUGAUGACUCACCGUCCGAGAGUCCUCACGGUGAGAACCCGACAGAAAAACUGGAGGAACCUAAAAAUGAUAACAGUAAUGAUGUGGUAGUGGAGAAGGCAAAGAUUGAUGACUCACCGUCCGAGAGUCCUCGCGGUGAGAUGCCGGCAGAGGAACUGGAGGAACCUGGAAAUGACGAUAGUAAUGAUGUGGUAGUGGAGAAGGCAAAGAUUGAUAACUCACCAUCCAAGAGUCCUCACAGCGAGACACCGGCAGAGGAAGUGGAGGAACCUAGAAAAGAUAACAGUAAUGAUUUGGUAUUGGACAAGGGAAAGAAAUGAAGACAGUAAUGAAGUGGCAGUGGAGAAGGGGAAGACUGAUGACUCAACUUCUAAGAGUCCUCGUGGUGAGACUUCGGAGAAGGCAACCAAUGAAAAGGGGGGUAACGAUGCGUUAGUGGCCACACAGGCUGACCCCGAGUCCAAGGAUCCAAUGGUGAUCGAUGAGAAGACCAGCGUUUCUUCUGAAGAAGUUUCAUUUCCCGAGUCUGCAGAACUGACAGAACAGGAAUCAGUCACUUGAGGAAGACGAAUUAUGGCCUUUUGGGGCCGGAUCCUUUUGGGUGGAUGGAUGAAUCACAUGAGGUUUCUGUAUGGUAAGUUAUGUGCAGAAGUAGUUUAUGUUUUUUUUUUCCAGGUUAAUGUAGCAACUCACAGCUCAGAUUAGAGCGAGUGCUUAGUCGAUAUACACAGUUGGUAUUGUAAUCAAAGUUGUACUGCUCGCUGAAUACUAGUAGUCUUCUAAGUAAUCAUCCUGCUAAGUUAUCCUAUUAUUGACAGGUGCUUUAAUUGAUAAUAGCCUUUUGUUUGGGUCCAA